UUUUUUGGCAUAAAAAAAACAUUUUAGUGAACAGAUAGUUUCUUGUGAUUUCUUCUCGUAAAUUAUUUCGUUGUGUGGUUGUGCAAGGAUUUACUUCGGCGUGCCUUUCAACUAUUUCUUCGCUUUUCUGUAAAAGUUCAAAGAUUGCGACAGUUUCGGAGCAACAUUUUGCGAUGUGCAGCCGAAACAUAACGCGGUAGUGCAAGUCAUGGCCUCGUAAGAAAAGUAUACUGUACGUUUAAAUUUGGUGGUGAGUGUGUGAGGUCGCGAUGGGCGCGUCGGGCGGCUCUGACGAGUACACGCCUCCGCGUCUCUCGCGGCUGCUGCACGCGGUGCCGCACAUCAACGUGACCCUGCACCGUGUCAACGACACCUUCGCUCCAGACUCGCCGGUUUACCUCGAGAGCCUUGGAAUUAUCGGUUCUAUACCCGGCGCUUGGCUUAUACUGACUCUGCUCGUGCUGUUGAUUUAUCUGCUGACUAGAUGCUGCGACAGGAAACAACGACCGCCCAAGAGUAUCACAGCUCUCAAGAUAACUCUGAUGUUCCUAUCGGUGUUGUGUUGCGGUGCUAUCGGCGUUGGUCUCUUCGGAAACGACGACCUUCACAACGCCAUGCUGCAGAGCAUCCAAGCCGGGAACCAGCUGGCCGCACUCGUCAACACCGUUAAAAACCAAUCGAGUAUCCUGGAGGAGGCGAUGGGUUCCCGCGCGCGAGCCCCGUUGGUCCGCCUCACGGACGCCCUGGAAGCUCCCGUAGUCAACCAGACAGCCCUGGGGACUUUGCUGCGAGCGCUGUCAGCUCUGAGGAACAACGCCAGUGCUGCUGCAUCGGCAGCCGAUAACCUAAGGAGGCCCCUCGCCGCCUUAAACCUGGACGCUUUCAUGAAGCGGCUGUGGGUGUGGGAGGCGGCUCGCUGGGGCGGCGGCAUGGCGGGCUGGUGCUGCGGCGGCGCGGUCUGCGUGGCGCUGCUGGCGGCCGCGGCCCGGCGCUCCCGGAGAGCCCUGCUGCUCCUCUGCGUGUGCGCGCUGGGCGGGCUGGUGUCGUGCUGGGCGGGCGCGGCGCUGCUGGCGGCGGGCGCGGUGUCGGCGGCGGACGCGUGCCUCGACCCCGCCGCCGCGCUCGCGCACCACGCGCCGCACCGCCUCUCGCCCGACAUGGUCCACUACUACCUGUCGUGCAAGGUGUCCCGCGAGAACGUCCUGACGGCUGAGCUGCGGAACGCCCAGCGUGCCGUGGUGGCGGUGCGGCAGGCGCUGGCCGUGCUGACCCGGGGCGCCCCGCAGCUCUUCAACGACCCCGGUCUGCAGCCAGCCCUCGGAGCCCUGGGCGCCGGUACCGGGGAGGCCGAGCGUGCACUAGUGUCGCUGAGCGGAGCCCUAGAGUGCCGCAUGGCCAGAGCUUACUUCGUGGCAGGAGCACGCGCGGCUUGUGAUGCUGGAUUACAGGCAUUAACCCUCCAGUUGUUGGCGGCGGUGGCGGCCGGUUUCCUCUUCACUGCAAUCGUCCUGGUCGAUUCUCACGCUUGGAUCUAUAUCAACACAAAACGCAGCGGCACCGGCGAGGAGCAGGCUCCGUUCCUGUCGUCGGGCUCCAGUGCGGCCACGCGCUCCCUGCCGCGACCCGCCCCCUUCCCCAACGGGAAACCCCCUUCGUACAGCGCCGCCGUGCAGCUCAUGGACUUGACCCUGGCCGACUCGCACCGUCCCAGUUCCCCGUGUGGCGGCAGGUCGCGAAUGUCCGGCAGCGCCACCCUGGGUCGCGGGGCCACGGGGGGCGGGGCGGGGGCCGCGGCGCUGGGCGGGGCCGCCACCCUGGGUAGAGCGCACAACGGCAAGUACGCGACCCUCAGCAAGCAGUGCAAGACGCUGGAGAGCAACGACUUCUACUGAGACCGGCCCGGCGGCGGCGCGCUCCCCCCGGAACACAACGCCGCUACUAUGGGUCGAGCGACCAGCUUGAAUCGCUUCGACCCUAAGUACGCGUCGUUCGGUCCCCGCGCGUCCCGCCCCCGCCCCGCGGCCCCUACCCCCUCUCUCGCUACUUUCUCUCCCGCACCUACUGCUCCUACUCCCUCUUCUGUUCCCGUUCACCCCUCCACUGGCUCCACUCACGCGCCAGCUGCGGACAAGUACGCCACGGUGAGACCUUCGCGCCGCCCCGAGCCGCAGCCCCUCUCCGCCGCUGCGCUCGAGUACCGCUCUCUGCAGCGUCCGCGCCGUACCCAGCCCGCCGCCCCGCACCGGCGCCGCGACCAGCGGGAGCCGCGCGAUCCCCGCGAUGCACGCGAGACCCGCGAUGUGCGCGAGACACGUGAUGCACGCGAGACUCGAGAUGCGCGCGAGCCCCGAGAUGCACGCGAGACCCGAGAUGCGCGCGAGCUCCGUGAUGCACGCGACCAGCGGGAGCCGCGCGAGGGGCGGGAACACCGCGAGCCCCGCGACAUGCGCGAACAACGCGACCUGCGCGACCGCGACUCACGCGAGAUACGCGACCCGCGUGAGAUGCGGGAGCAACGUGAUCUGUACGCCGUCACAGAACUCUGAGGAACGUAUGUGUAAGUGACGUACCAUAAACGAUAAAUAAUGUCGACUAAUGUUAACCAACGAACGAGGUCGUCACUUCUACAAACUAAGACGAAUUAAAUAAGAUAUUUUCAAAAAAUGUAUACAUUUUGUUUGAAGUUUCACUAUUCAACAAGAGCGAGAUAGAUAAUGACGUUGUGAUUACUAGAAAAGAAUGUUUCGAAAAUGACUGAAAAGAAAAAUCAAAAUCGAUACUUCAACUUUAUCGAUUUUUCUUAAGAACUUAUCGAUAACACUAAACACGAAACGAAACUAUUAUCGAUUCGAAAUGCUUAUCAAUUUUUCAAAUUUGAAUAUUAGUAUGUCAUUACGUACCAGUUGAACGAACGAAAAUAAUUUUCAUAAAAGUAAACUUAAUGUUAGGGAAUCGAUUGCAAUAAAAAAUUUCAUUGAUCGAGGAAUCAAGAGAUUUUAUAUCACUUUUAAAAUUAUAUCUACGAUUUUAUAACUUAUUAGUAAAGUUGUUUAUAAUGACUCGUUGACAUUGUCAAGGACGUGCCAUUGGGCGGGACGUAAUUCGACUUUUUAUUCUGAUUGUCGUAGCGAGUGCUCAACGUAAAUAAUUAUGUCGACUUGUUCAGUAACUAGAAUAUCUUCAAAAUAAUCUCGAGAUAUAAACAAUAAAUUUCUACAGCAGACAAACCUCAUAGCUUAAUAAUAAUCAUAUUUAAUAAUCAUAUUUUAUAAAUUUUCGAGUAAUACCAUACAACAUUAAAAUAUUAAGUGGACAACGCGAUUAUAAUACGAUUUUAUAAGAAUAAAAUCGAUUUUUAUUCGAUUUUAAACUAAAUUGAUUGCUCAAAUUUAAUCGCAUCUUAAUUGUGGUUUUGGUCUAAUUUUGAAUAUGAAACAAUGUUUUGAUGAUUUAUUUAUAUGUAUAUUAUAUCCACUUUAUGAUUUUCUAGUAACUAUUUUAAAAGCUAGUGAGGCAGGCCUAAACAAUCACCUUUGUAAAAAUUUACGAGAUGGCAAUAAAACAAUUAAAGUUUCUAUAUGUGUAAUAUUGUAAUUGUGAAUUAACUCUUAAGAUUUAAAAAAAAAAAAUUGUAAUCUGCUAUUUGUUUCACGGAUAGUAUAGAGUCAGUGUUACUCAAACUCUCCUUAUUUACAAUUAAAUUAUUUUAUAUUCAGUUUACUGAAAAUCUUAUAUGUUUUUAGGGUGGGUAUCAGGAAUUUUUCAAAACAGUUAUUAGUUAUUGAAAACGUUGACGUUAUUAACACUGAUUAUUCAGUGAGUCAAACUUUAGUAUUUCAAUUUCACUAUACACAGCCUCCUAAUUAAUUUUAAUUCUAAUAUGUCCAAAGUAGAACGUAUAAUAAUAUUGAUAAAAUAAAAAGUUAAAAUGUGUGACUUAUUCAUACCGUGGCUGUAUUAUUGGACUCGAGUUUAGCUCAAUUUAGGAAAUAAGUAACAAUAUGUUUGUUGAUUCAAUUUUAUAGUGACACAAGUAAUGAAACUACCCACUAGUUACUUAUUUGAGGAAUCGCAAAUGAAGUUUCCCCGCACAAGUGUUCGCGCCUGGUAUUUCAAACGGCCAAAUAUGACUAGUGCCACUGUUGAAUUAGAUCAGCUAUUAAACUAUUACAAUAGCUAAUAUAAAAAAUUUAACGUGUUGACGUUGUGAAAAUAGCGUUUAAACGCGAAAAAUAACGUAUAACUCUAUUCGUAGCUAUUUAUAGUGUGAAUCCCCGUAAAUUUUGUCUAGUUACUAUGCAUUGUACAUAUAGGAUAUAUUUAUAUUUAUUUGUAUGUGUGUAUUUUUAGUGUGUAAAUAUAAAUUCCAUGUGAUUUCGUGGAUAUAAACGAAUCUCCAGUCUUUUGUUAAAAAAAUAUGUAGCAUGCUAUAUUUGUUUUGAUAGAUACUGCUAUUUUAUGAAAUUUUUUGUUCAAACAAAAUGAUUCUCUUCUAGAAAAUAGCCAACAAAUACAUCUUUUUUCUUCGCAAACUCUGAAAUAACAGUUUUCUUUUAUUGGCAACUAUAAGAAUUGUAAGUUUUAUUAAGUAACAGUUUAUAAGAAAGCUUGAAAAUCAUCAUUAAUAAAGGUUUCUUUGUAGGCAUAUUGUACAAAAAAGUUUACAAAAUUUUUGAAUAUCGUCGCUGUCAAACCAAAAUCUGCUAUGUGCAAAAACUCUAUUUUGAAUUAACGAGUAAAAACCUUAUCGUAUAAAAUUUUAUAUGAAGGUGAAUUUUUAAGAACUAUAUAAAUGAAAGCUAUAGAUAAAUAUUGAAGCUAUAGACACAUAACAGAUUUUUUUUAUACGGUAGAUAGGGCUGUGAACUUUAAGAAAAGGUCAAAAAGUAAAAAUCUCCAAAAGUGCACAUGGAGAUUUUGGUUUGACAACGACGAUAUUUUAAAUUGAUUGAAACAUUUAAACGGCUUAAAAGCACUAACAGUUUGUCACCUCUAACAGUUCUACGACUGUGCGAGGGAAACGGGUUUUCUUAAAUUUAUUGAGCUGAACAUGAAUUUGGGCAAGGAACCUGAAAAUCUUCGGUUAACAUUAGCGCCCAUGUGUCUUGUGUAACUGGUUCGAAACUGAGCACACUCAACUGUAAUAGUAUAACAUACAAUAUAAAGUUGCAAAUAAUAAUCUACCACCAAUGCAUUAGACUUGUGAAUGAAGAUUUUCCUAAAAUUCAAUGUAUUGUUCAUAAGUUUUAUAUUUGAGUUUAUGUACAUAAUAUAUUUAACCAUUCCAAUGUGUGUUUGUGUGUGUGUGUGUAAUUUUAUCUCAAUAUUUUAUGUAAAUAUACUUAAAACUACUGCCAUUUAGAGGAAAAACUAUAAACAUUCUUUUAUAAUAAUUAAUGAAAGUAGUCGUUUAAUCUCUAUAUAAAAAAAGUACUGCUCUAUCCAUAACACCACUUAUAUUGUAUUAAAUUAUUAAAAAAAACAGUUAUUAUUAACGUUAAAAAUAGCCUCGCCAUAAAAAGCGUUAAUAAUAGCUAAUUUUAACGGUUAAAUAAUAAAUUAUAACGGUUCUGUAACUAGUUAGUUGCGUAUAUGUAAUAGUUGUUAAGGAUUUACAGUCGAUUUAUUUGAAAAUAAGGCAAUUUUUUUUUUUUUUUUUAUUAAAUAUUUAAGCGAGAUAGUUUUUGUAAACAUUUACAACGAGGGUUUUUUUUUUGUUAUUUUUUUGAAGACAUCAAUUUGCGUAUUGUAUAGUAUUGGCACAAGGGUCGUUGAUCGAUUGAAAAUAAAAACUACAUAAUUAAUUGAAUUUAUUUUCUAAUUUAGUCUAGGCUAGUUCGUCUUUCGAUUCCAUUACGCUUGCGUUGUGCUAAGAUUGUUCCAGAUUGGUUAUGUAUUUCAGUAAGUUCUUUUAUGUAUUUUUGUACGUUCCAAUUCCAUUUGAAAGUUAAUAUUUGACAGCGUAAGCUACCGUCAAGAAACUGAAAGUGCCAGCCCUACGAUUUUUUUAUAUGGCAAUCGGUUUUUUGCAUCACCAUUGUUGCCAGUUUAUAAAAAAAAAUCUUCAAUUAUUAAAUACAUAAAUAUUCUGUAUUAUAGAUAUCCGUAUUCUAGAAAUAUAUGAAGCGAUAGGUAUGUGAUGUGAAGAAAUAAAGUCUCAGUAAUAUCGUAGUUAUUUACUUGUUCAGUUUACUUUUUAGAAGAACACGAGAGGAUACGUCCAUUGGCUUUGUUCCCUUUAUUCGUGUUUAUACACAGAUGUUAAACACUUAAUAAAAACUACAUUAGGUUAACAAAUAACACAAUUCAUAUCACAUUCACUUUCUAAGCUCCCGCAAGCUUUUUUUUUAUUUUAUUUUUUUAUUGCCUUUGUAGGCAGACGAGCAUACGGCCCACCUGAUGGUAAGUGGUCACCGUCGCUCAUGGACGUCAGCAAUGCCAGGGGCAGAGCCAAGCCGCUGCCUAAAGUUUCCAAAAUGUCACACAGCUUUCUAUUUCAGAGGUUGAUGUAUCUUUCAACGGCCCCGCGUGCCAUUGUGGUACCAUAAGCAGUGUAUUCGCCAAAGAUAACGCAUAAUUUUAGCGCUAGAAUCGACUAGUUGUAGUUUUUAGUCGUAAGAUUUUGUACAGUUCUGCUCUUGCAUUACGUUUUAUAUCCUGGGAUGUUUUUAUAGGGUAGUUUGAGAUUUUGAUAUUCUUUUUUUUUGAUACAAAUCAUACUAUCUCAUAGUGAUACCCAAUAUCAUUUUCGGUUAAUUAAAUUAAAUUGAAUAAGGUUAACCCUUUCACUGCCAGUUGCCAUUGCCGUUGUCACUGUUAUGUUAUGUCGAUUAUAUCGAUUUUUGUUACUAAUUGGCCGGAAUAUCAAGUAAACUCUGGGAAAGAUGAAUCCGAAGCUACCGAGAAUGAAUCUAUUCGAAGGUAAAAUUAAGUAAUCCAGACGCUUAGUAUGGAUAUAAUUACUUCAGUGAGCCAUGUAGGGUACCGGUGACCUACAGGUCAGUCAAAGGGUUAAUUGUAAAUUUAUUUGAAUUAUUCCUCAUUUAUUAAUUAAAUAGUUUAAAAAGUUGCUUUCGAACAAAAAGAGAAAGCAAUAAAAACAUUUCCUAUGUAUAUUCUAUUGUAUUUGAUGCUUCACGAAUUGUAUUUUGCAAUUACAUAUUAUUAUUCAAAAUGUCCAUCGAAACCAUAGAACGGACACAAUGCUAAAUCAUUAAUCUUGUGUGUUUAAUACACUUCAGUGGCAUAAAAGACAAGUGCAAAUGAUUAAAAAUAUGUUCCGUUCGUAACAUUUUGUAAGCAUGUUUAGUGUGAAUAUGCAAUAAUAACAAAAUUAUUAUAUAUUUAAGACGUAUUAUGUAAGCGUUCACAAUUUUUCUAAUGUAAUUAAUAAUGCACACUAUUUAUAUAAUCGUUAUAUAAAAAUAAAUAAAAAAUGCAAACUUUUAAUGCGCGCGGUUCGUUAACGAGUGAGCAUUUGUAAACAAGACAAAUUCGUAAAAUUACUAUUUAAUUUUUAUUAAAGAAUGUCUCAAUUAAAUUUUACGAGGGCCGAACCUCCUACGAGGUCCCCGCGCCUAGGUGGCGCGUGGGGUAUGUGGGACUGGUCCGAGACUGCGAACCGCGGGCCCAAGAAUGUUUUUAGGACCCUACCCACUAAACGAUUCCCCUGCACUCUUCGCCCAAGCGCCCGAACCCCUCCGAGGUCAGAACCCGGGUGAGGUAAGAGGGUUACCGCGGUCAAUAAUACAACCAGACUGCGCGGCUCACCCCAAGGACGCCCAGCCGACGGAGCCUUCGAGGCGAAUCGAAUGCUCUGAAACGUCGGCCGUCUCGGUACGGCAGCCCGUCAGGCCGCCCAGACGGUGCCGCUGGUGUCCCGGAAUACCCCGCUGGACCAGAACCAGCCUGCCGGAAACGCGAUACACUGCCAACUGGUUGAUCUUUUUAUCAUGAAGAUAUUACUCCUUGGCAACGCGCUAGAGUGCUGGUAGCGCGCCGCGCGACCUCGACCCCUUCAGGUCGUCCCUUGACCUUUACCGGGGGAGCGAAUACCACCUACUCUCGGCCUUUUUAUGAGAUCUCUGCCUUGCAGACCACAAAGAAUAAUUUAAAGCAAAUCUUCCUAUCUAAAUAUCAUGAAAACAACCAUCAAAACAAUUUGAAAUGGUUGAUUCGAAUAAUUUAAAUUCGAACCAUGUGUCUGAUGCUCCAGGCGGCUUAUUGCUUUGAUAUUUCCGUUACGUAUCCCAAUUGUGUGCUUAGUGCGUUUUUUUAACGUUUUCGAUCGCGUAAAAGUUAACUCAAAUUUGUAUGGACUUGGAACCGUUACCUACGUUUGCCGCUAGGGGCGCUGUUCAAACUGCACACAAAUUUGAAUUAACUUUUACGCUAUCGAGAACGUUAAAAACUCGUACUAAGCAACACUGGUUACUGUUAAUAGUCGUCUGUCCGUGGACUUGUAGCUCGUUAACGAUCCUCGCGCAUUCGAGUCAAAGAUACAUAAUGUUUGUGAUACAAACAAUAUAAGCGACGAGAUGUAAGACCGUUGAAUGCACGUUGAAUUAGUUAAAAGCGGUGCUUUAUGUAAUAAAGAGCGAUGAUAACUCCUAAAGCGGCAAUGUAAUGCUAGCUGGGUGGACGAGCUCACAGCCCACCCGGUAUUAAGUGGUUACUGGAGCCCAUAGACAUCUACAACGUAAAUGCGCCACCCACCUUGAGAUAUAAGUUCUAAGGUCUCAAGUAUAGUUACAACGGCUACCCCCACCUUUCAAGCCGAAACGCGUUACUGCUUCGCGGCAGAAAUAGGCAGGGUGGUGGUACCUACCCGCGCGGACUCACAAGAUGUCCUGCCACCAGUGAUAUUAAUCAAGGGCAACUAACAUUUUAAUCGCAAUUUUCAUUCUACAUGGCGCGCAGUGCACAAGAGUCAUUACAUAUUUCUAUUUGAUUCUAGCCCUUUUAAUGUCAUCGGUGCGAGGAGUUAUCAGCUCUUUGUUGUCACGAUCGAUCGGUGAAAAACGUAUAUAAAUGAACAGCAUUACAUUUGAGUGCUAAAUAAAAUAUUAACUACAUUAAAAUAUUUAUUAAAUAAUUGGAUCGUUUGAAACAGAAAUAAGCUGAAUGGUGGCUUACUCUUCACAAUUACCGUGAAUAUCAUUGUAUUUAUUCAGUUCUAUUUCGUUUUAUUUUAGGUUAGCAAUAUGUAUGUAUGUAUGGAAUGGUUUGAUCAUCUUAAAUUUAAUAAUAUAACCCUUUAUUCUGCACUCAAGUGUACGCGUUGUUUGAAAAAAAAAAGUAGUUACCAGCCGCGCGUUUUUACGCACUUUAUUGAUUUAUUAACAAUAAGUUAUCGAUGUUUUCAAUACAUUCGAUUAUUUUUGAAAACUUGUGUGCCAUAUAUUUUUUUCGAUUUUUUUUAUGUCAACGGUGCGAUAGUUUAUUUUUUUGUUUGCUUAACAAGUUAAUUUUUAUUUGUGCUACGUUUAAAAUAAGAUAUUUAUUAAUAUAUUUUGUUUAAGCAGAAUAAGCUCGUAGUCGUAUUUUGAGUACACAUCUCGUUGAUUAUAAAGUAAAAAUAAAAAUGUAUCUACAUAUGAAUACGCGAUCAAUAGGAUACAACAAAAUUGUAUGAAUUUACAAGGAAAAUAAAACAAAUAAAAAAAUAUA